AUUUCUUUUCAUCUCGCUUCUCCUUGUAUUCAGGAAGAGACAGAAGGAGCACACCCAGUUGGAAGAAGAAUAUCAAUCUCAGUACUUGAGAAAUGGCUGAAGCUGCCACCAUACCUCUUCUCACUCCUUACAAAAUGGGGAAGUUCGAUCUAUCCCAUAGAGUUGUGUUGUCACCAUUGACCAGACAGAGAUCUUUUGGCAAUAUUCCUCAGCCGCAUGCUAUCUUAUACUAUACUCAGAGAACCUCUAAAGGCGGCCUUCUGAUAGCUGAAGGCACUGUAAUCUCCAGAACUGCUCUGGGGUAUCCGGAUACACCUGGCAUAUGGACGAAAGAGCAAAUUGAAGCAUGGAAACCCAUUGUGGAUGCCGUUCAUGCCAAAGGUGGAAUCUUCUUUUGUCAACUUUGGCAUGUGGGUAGGGUCUCAAAUGAAGAAUUACAGCCAAAUGGACAACCUCCAGUUUCUUCUACUGACAAAGGUAUCAAAGCCGCACCAACUCCAGCUGCUGGAUUCGGUCUCUCACACUACUCUGCUCCAAGGAGGCUAAGGACAGAUGAAAUUCCUCAAAUUGUCAAUGAGUUUAGGGUUGCCGCAAGGAAUGCUAUUGAAGCUGGUUUUGAUGGAGUUGAAAUCCAUGGGGGCUAUGGUUACAUUCUCGAACAGUUUAUGAAAGACCAAGUGAAUGAUAGAACAGAUGAAUAUGGUGGAUCUCUUGAAAAUCGAUGUCGAUUAACUCUGGAAGUAGUCGAAGCUGUUGCCAAUGAGGUAGGAGCAGACAAGGUUGGAAUAAGGCUUAGUCCUUUUGCAGACAAUAUGGAAUGUGGAGACUCAAAUCCACAAGCAUUGGCCCUUUACAUGGCUCAAUCCCUGAAUAAAUAUGGAAUUCUUUAUUUGCAUAUGGUUGAGCCAAGAAGGGCUAGAGGUGAAGUGGAACCCAGUCUUCUGCCAAUGAGAGAGGCUUUCAAUGGUACUUUUCUUGUUAAUGGCGGUUUUGACAGGGAAUCAGGAAACCAGGCCAUUGCUGAAAAUCGUGCAGAUCUUGUUGUCUAUGGUCGUUUGUUCUUGGCCAAUCCAGAUUUGCCUCGAAGAUUUGAACUCAAUGCCCCUCUCAACAAGUAUAAUCGAGAAACAUUCUACGUCCCUGAGCCUGUUAUUGGUUAUACUGAUUAUCCUUUCCUUGAAGACACUCAUGCAUAGGUUUAUAAUGAUGAGAGGAGGGAGAUUUAGACUAUCCGGAAUAAACCCUCCUUAGAGAUCCUAUGUUUUAUCUUGGUGUGGUUUUGCAUUGUAUUGUACAAGGGCGUUAAUGGCAUGACCGUUCAUAAAUCUUGGGACUUUGCAAUUAAGGCGCAAUGGGUCAUGCACUUCUUGGUGUUUGAUCACAUGCAUGCCUGACUACAAAUAAAUUGACUUGUAAUGUACUUUUAGUAUUCAACUCAUGGUUGUUUAGCACACAGCAUCAGUUCGCUUCUGCAGAUUUCAAUGGCAAAACAUCAUUUGAUA